UGAAAACGUCUCAAUUCAUUCGUGAUCGUGUCCAGACGAGAGUGCAGUCGGCGUUCAGGGAAAUUAUUAUUCCCAACCGUUACAAUGGAAUUACAACUUUGUUAUUUCUGAAAAUUAAUACAGACAUUGUUGGCUGUACGAGUACAAUAUAGUAACCUUAAGCGACGGAAUGAGGACUUGGUUACGUUAAUGGUCAACAGCGGGUACGUUAAACCUUGCCCAUUCGUGUCCGCUGACCACUCUUGCAGCAGUAGAGAUUUGGAAUGUUAGCUUCUUCGGGCGAACAGCAUUAUGCUUAUCUGAGAAAUUCUAAUCCGGCUUAUUAAUUUUCGAGCGUUAUCAUCCUGGAACCUAUUUUCAGUCCAUUUUUGUGCGUGUGUGUUACACAAUCAUAUCUGGAUGAGUAAAGUCUGUGUCGAGCGGCCAAACAUGAUGUUUGCAUAGCAGAUUCUCUGGUGAUAUCCGAUGAACCGGACAGAUGUUCUUCCGUAGCCUAGUAUGGAAUUGGAACUAAUGGAUUUCCUUUGGCGGCGACGGCCAUAUAUAUUUCACUCGGUGUUGAUAUUAGGGAUCGCAGCAUUUAUAAGAAUCUCAGAUGCCUGCAGUAGCAGAUCAAUUCCCAAAGUAAGAUCGCCACCGGCGCUAGCUGUGCCACCCGCGCUGUCCGUUCCCGCAUCGGCGUCUGCUCAUCACCAACUACAGACAACGACGGCAAACUAUACCAUUCCGCAUUAUGAUUGUCCAGACAAGUACCAGAAAUGGUACUGCCUCAAUGGCGCUACCUGCUUCACUGUGAAAAUUGGGGAAACCAUAUUAUAUAACUGUCGAUGUCUCGUAGGCUACAUGGGACAACGCUGUGAAUUUAAGGAUACUGACGAGUCUUACGAAUAUGUGAGGCAUAGAUACGUGGUGAAAACAGCCAGCGUAGCCGGUGGAGUAACAUUAGGAGUCAUAAUAUUAGCCGUGGUCAUUGUGGCAGCGACAUAUUACGCCCGUCGACGCAAAGCCAGGACAAAAGAGACCACCAAUCCACCGUCGAUCAGUCCCGAGCAGCUGCUGCGCUCGCCCUUUGGUCGUGCGCUGAGCCGCACAGACAAAACCUUCCCCAUUGGACGGUCAACUUGGAGUCCAACGCAACCCGGUGCAUUUCUGCCGUCCAUCCGUGUGGUCAGUGAACAGGAGACCCUGCUGAAGAAACUCAACACGGCACCGCCACGACGCGCACCCAAGGCGUCCGUGUCGGAUGUGUCGUUGUCCGGCAUGGACAAGGACGCCGGUGGUGAUGUCCUGGUGGCCGUAGAUGUCGGUCAUCCGCCCCAGGAGGGCGCCGCUCGAGCGCCGAAUAGCCAGUUCAGUGCUGGUUGAGUGUUUUUUUCUGAUGGUUUAAAUUCCCCCCGCCCCCGCGCAUUUGGUGAUCCUGUUUUUUAGUGCAUUUGUAUAGAUUUUUUGUUAUGAAUAUUUGAAAUGUGCCUCGCAUUUGCAGCGUUUUCCUGUUUCUGCUGUACAGAUUUUUAAUUGUUUUCUUUUAUCUUUUUACGGUUUUAGCAUAAUUUUAUUGAUGUUUGGAUCAUUUCUGACUUCUUUUCGAGUUCGGUGUCGACAUAUGACUACGAGCUAGGUAAAAAACGUACUUAAACACCUGAUAUGAUGAUAUAGAACAACAUCUGAAUCCUUUUAAACAAAAUAA